AGAUGUUCACAAAUGGAAUGAGUGAGAGUGCUUCCUCGAAGGCUUGCUUUAAAGAUGUCUGCUUUGAAGCAUUCUCAACUAUGCUGGACUUCAUGUAUGGUGGAGAAGUUUACAAAGAAGACUCGGUUCUCGUAGAUACCUUGCUACUUCAGCUUCUUCUCUUAGCGGAUCAGUUUGGGGUUACUCUUCUUCAUCAGGAGUGUUGCAAAACACUUUUAGAACAUCUAUCAGAGGGAUGGAGUUCUCAUAAUUGAGGAAGGUCACACAACUACUUUUUCUAUUAUGCCAAGUUUAAUGGACGAGGAAGCAGACAGUUUUGGCAAAGUAUUUGGGUAGCUUUACGUGUGGCUAACUUUUGGACUUUGUUGCAGGAUUCUGUGUGCCCAGUUCUGCAAGUUGUUUCGUCCGUUCCUUCAUGUAAACUCAUUGAAGAAACCUGUGAAAGGAAAUUUUCCAUGCAUUUUGAUUACUGCACAACUGCGUGCUUUGAUUUUGUCAUGCUAGAGGAAGCAACCUUUGGCAACAUUCUCCAGCAUCCAGAUUUGACUGUAACGUGUGAAGAACGGGUUCUUAAUGCAAUCUUAAUUUAUUGCUCCCAAUCAAAGGAGUUAAAUGCAUGGGACAGAGUAGAUGAGAAGCUGCUGAAUUCAACGCCUGAGCUUAUUUUUGGUGAAAGGCUCAAUUCUCUCGACUUAUUUCUAAGUUUUGUACGCUUCCCCUUACUUCCUUAUGAAGUGCUUAAACUGCUGGAGAGGAGCAACCUUAGGAGACAUAUUACUACUUUCCGUCGGCUGGUGAAAGAGGCCAUUUCUUUUCUGGAAGUUGGAUUAACUGGUCCUGACAAAGAUCUAAAUGUCAGAUUUCAACAUAGGAGAUCGAGUUUUCGGGAGCUCCAGUUUAUAUGUGAUGGAGACAGCAACGGACUGUUGUAUUUUGCGGGGACAUCAUAUGGGGAACACCAAUGGGUAAAUCCCGUUUUGUCCAAGAGGGUAAGCAUUACUGCAAGUAGUCCCGUUUCAAGAUACACCGACCCUAAGGUUUUGGUUUCAAGGACUUACCAGGGCACAUCUUUUGCCGGGCCUCGAGUCGAAGAUGGGAGAAACACUGCAUGGUGGAUGGUUGAUAUAGGCCCUGAUCAUCAGCUCAUGUGCAAUUAUUACACGCUGAGGCAGGACGGAUCUAGAGCUUUCGUAAGGUGUUGGAAUUUUCAGGGUUCUUUGGAUGGCAAGAAUUGGUUGAACUUGAGAGUACACGAGAAUGAUGAGACAAUAUGCAAACCUGGUCAAUUUGCAUCAUGGCCGAUUAUUGGUCCCAACGCUUUGCUUCCGUUCAGAUUCUUUAGAGUAGUCUUAACGGAGCCGACUACAGAUGUUACAAACCCGUGGAGCUUUUGCACUUGCUUCUUGGAGCUUUACGGUUACUUUCGUUAACUUUGUUGUGGAAUUGAAUGUUGGCUAACGUUCUUAUAAUUUAUUUAAGGACUCUGAAGUUGAAAAUAAAUUCAGUGUGACACUAAAGGUUUGUACAUAUUGGUAGUGUACUUCUACGGGCUCCAAGCACUAAUUCGUGUGCAAAUUACACCUAUAUUUUCAGGCAGUGAA